CUUCCGUGCAAUCGGCCCGUGGUCUGAUACCGGUCCGCUACCGUACGGCGCUCAUCGGUGAAAAUCGAGUAAGACAGUUUGAUGAGCCAUCAUGUCAUCUCUCUUUGAUCAGUAUGAGCAGGCUACUGCAAGGGCAGCAUCCAGUAUCCCUCAUCCUUUACCCAAAGAGUCUGCUCCGAUCUCAUCAGGUUAUGUCUCUGCGUCUUUGGAGGAAGAUGUCCGCAUUUUCACAAGGAACAGGAUCAAUUUCCAGCCUCCUAAAGCUAUAACCCACAUGGUGGUAAACAACAAUAUCUUGAUUAUUGCAAUGAAAGAUCAUCAGCUACUUAGGAUUGAUAGGGAACAUCCAGAACAACCUGAUGAGGUCAAAGUAGGAGACGAUCCUGUUCAUCAUCUGUUCCUAGACCCCACAGGACGUCAUCUGCUGAUCAGCACCGAAGCACAAGAAGUCUUCUAUCUCUCAAGGAAUAGCAAGAAAUGCAAGAAUCUAACCAAGUUCAAGGGUCAUUUAAUUGACUCAGUUGGUUGGAACAAGUCAAACACUAGUGAUACAUCAACCUCUGAAAUUCUUCUAGGCACAAGUCAAGGUUUGAUAUAUGAAGCUGAAAUCCAAGCUGGAGAGGAUAGUCGAUUCUUUCAACAGAGCUUAGAUCAGUAUUUCAAACAGGUGUUCAGUCUUGGUAAAGAAGGUACCGUCCCGGUGACAGGGAUUGAAGUAGAACGUAUACCAUCUACUAAAGCUGGAGAGAAGGCUAGAUUCUUUGUCAUGGCAACCACACCAGGACGAUUGUACCAGUUCGUUGGGACCGUUCCAGCUCAAGCAGAUACGCCCAUCUUUUUAAAUGUCUUUCAGAAGUACGAGGACAUCACACCAAGUUUCUUGGAGUUACCAGGAAACUUUGGAUACAGUAAGCUUGAGCAGUACUGCCCUAAGGCUCGAGGAUUACCCAAGACGUUUGCCUGGAUGACAGGUCCUGGAGUUUACUUUGGUAGUUUUGAUUUCAAUAGCCAGUCUAGAGACAAUCUGACCUGUGACAGUCAUCUAUUGCCAUACCCAACAAGAGAUCAAGAGAGCUUCGUCAGACCUAUCUCAGUGGUCCUUACUGAGUUCCAUGUUCUACUUCUCUUCCAAGACAGAAUUAAGAUCCUGUGUGUCUUGAAUGAACAACUCAUUGAUGAAGACAUUUUCACUCAGCCUAGGUUGGGCCGUCUCAUGGGGCUAUGCAGAGAUAGAAUCAAGGGUGCAAUAUGGCUGUACACAGACCAGUCAGUCUUCAUGUAUAAGAUUGUCAGAGAAGCAAGGGAUGUUUGGAGGAUAUAUCUGGAUAAGGGUGACUUUGACCGAGCUAAAGAGUUUGUCCGAGAUAACCCUGCACACCUAGACCAAGUCAUGAGCAGACAAGCUGAACACUUCUUUGAAAUUCAAAAGUAUGAGAAAAGUGCCAUGUAUUACGCCAUGACUGAGAAGUCCUUUGAAGAAAUAUCUCUGAAGUUCAUUGAAGCAAAGCAGACUGAUGCCCUCAAAGUCUUCCUCAUGAAGAAGCUUGGAGCACUGAAGACCGAGGAUAAGACCCAGUUGACGAUGUUAGUAAUGUGGUUGAUAGAACUUAAUCUCAAUCAGUUAGGAGCAGCAAGAGGUAAAGCGGAUCAACAGACAAGGUUCAAAGAACAACAAGUUGAAUUCCAGAAAUUCCUGGCUACUACCAGGGUCAAGGAAUGCCUGAGCAGCAAUGUAAACACUGUGUAUGAUCUGAUUGCUAGUCAUGGUGAUGUAGAGAAUAUGGUCUACUUUGCAAUGCUCAUGCAAGAUUAUGAGAGAGUGAUCAGGCAUCACAUUCAGAACGAGGACUAUACUGCGGUGCUUGGAGUCCUGAGGAAACCGACCAACAGUGCGGCCCUCUUCUACAAGUUCUCACCGGUCCUGAUGCAACACAUCCCACAUGACCUGGUAUCGGCAUGGCUCGAGCAAGGGAAGGAAUUGGAAGCAAAGAAGCUCAUCCCAUCCUUGGUACAGUGCGACAGUGGACCAUCAGAGAAGCAGGUCCUGGAAGCUAUCCGUUAUCUUGAGUUCUGUAUCAAGAAGCUAGGAAACAAAGAACAAGCUAUUCACAACUAUCUCCUGUCUCUCUACUGUCAACAUCAACCGUCAAACCUGAUGGGAUACUUGGCUGCUCAAGGAGAGAUUGCUGAUAAUGUGAACUAUGACCUCAAGUACGCAUUGAGGCUGUGUGCUGAACGUAAGCAUUUCAAGGCCUGUGUUCACAUUUACACUACAAUGGGUCUCUAUGAGGAAGCUGUGGAUUUAGCAUUGCAGGUUGAUGUAGACUUGGCUAAACAAAGCGCUGAGAAGCCAGAAGAUGAUGAAGCUCUAAGACGCAAACUCUGGCUGCGCAUUGCCAAACAUGUCGUCUCUGAGAAGAAUGAUAUCAAGAAAGCAAUGGCUGUGCUUCAUGAAUGUCCUCUGCUGAAGAUUGAGGAUAUCCUACCCUUCUUCCCAGACUUUGUAACCAUCGACCAUUUCAAGGAUGCCAUUUGUAGUUCUCUAGCUGAUUACAAUCAGCAUAUAGAAGCACUGAAAGCUGAUAUGGAGGAUGCAUCAGAGAGUGCAAAGGCAUUGAGAGCUGACAUCCAAGAGACAAGGAACAAGUAUGGUAUUGUGAGCGGUCAACAAAAGUGUGCCUCCUGUACCUACCCCCUCCUAACCCGAUCGUUUUAUCUCUUCCCUUGUGAACAUAUGUUCCAUUCAGACUGUCUUAUCACAGAGGUCCAACCUCAUCUGACGCCAUCCAAGAGAAUACGCAUCAGUGAGAUCCAAUCACAGCUCACCACCCUACACGGACAGCGCCCUCAGAGUUCAGCGGCAUCUACGGAGGGUGCCACCAAGAGGGAGGAGAUAGACAGGUUACGGAAUGAACUUGAUGAUAUCGUAGCUGCAGAGUGUGUAUACUGUGGAGAGAUCAUGAUCAGGUCUAUUGAUAAGCCGUUCAUAGACCAUGAUGAAUACGAAGCCGUCAUCAAGAGUUGGGAAUGAAUCACCAUGGAAACUAAAAGCAAUCUCUUUAAUUAUGCUGUUACAUUACCAGGUCGUUUGUUUAACUUGCACAUGUCCUAUAUGUCAAAACCGCUUUAUUACGCAUCUUUUUUUUUAUUUGCAUUUCUUCAUGCAUGUAAUAUCAUUCCAGCUGGAUUUAUUAAAUCAUCCUUGAAUAUUACAAAAUAAGGAAUUCUAUUUUAUUCCAUCAAGAUUUGUUAUUUGUUAUUUUUUGUGAGAUCAAAACAAAAAUACAUUUAUAUAAUAUCAGUCUUGAGAAGUGACUGGAGGAGUUAGAUUAUUUAUCUUUAUUUUAUCUGUAUUUAUUUUCCAGUAUUUCUCAUACAUUCACUCCUGUCUUUUGAAAUUUCUGCUUCUUGAAAGAUAAAGAACUCUUGUUGGUGAGUUGGUGUAAUGGAUAUUUGACUUCUCUGUCAUCCAGGGCCUGUAGCACAAAGUUCAGUUAUUGAUCAUAGAGAUUUGUGUUUGAUUGCUGAUAAUGACCAAUGUAAUCAGGCAUUAAAAUCAGCACUAAGAUCCAUCACUUAGGCCCCGUUCCACAGAAGGGAGACCUUUGAAGGACCCCAGAAAAACUUUGCAAGGCAAAAAUUGGCAAGGUCUUACAGCAGCCUCCAAGAUCACAGUAAUUUGUCAUCUCUAUGGAAUGGCUCCAAAAGACUGACUGACACUUCUUGACUUGCUUGGCUUAGAAUAGUCCUAUAGAGAUCUUUCAAUUGUCUUUCAGAUAUCUUUUAUGCAACAAGUGAUCUUUCAGAAUUCUUUCCAUGGACUUUCCCUGGUUUUUCAAUGAUCUUUCAAGGAUCUCUCAAGAGUCUUUCAGUGAUCUCCGCAAAAAUCUUGAGUGUCAAAAGAUCAUAGAAAGACCAAGUUCAUCAAGAGACCACUGAAAGACUGCUGAAAGACCAUCAAAAUACCAUUUUCCUGAAAGACCUCUGAAAGGCUGUUUU